AUGAUCAAAUUUAUAAAAUCUGAUAUGUCGACCGGGAUUGCCGUCACCGAUUCCGCCCGAAACAGCCACUUGCCAGUCACCCAAAGUCCGAAACCACAUAACCUUGCUUCCGACCUCAACAGCUUAUUUUCAGCGCUGAGCCACCGCUUUUCACGCCGCCGCUCCGUCGUCGGGAUUUUAAGUGUGCUAUGUCCUCCAAUGGAAUCUGUUCCUCGUGGCAACAGCGAACAUGUAGUUGCAACAAUUAUUGACAUGUAUAACCCUACUAAACAGGAGUUAGGUGUUUUCACUGAACUUAUACAACAGAUGCAAGUUAAAGGAGUUCAGGUUGAGGAGUUGUAUUCCUUGGAUCUCGAUUCUCUAGAAAAAUUACGGCCGGUGUACGGGUUAAUCUUCCUCUUCAAAUGGCGAUCCGGCGAAAAGGACGACCGCCCCAUAAUUUCUGACCCGAACCCCAACCUCUUCUUCGCCAGCCAGGUCAUAAACAACGCCUGCGCUACCCAAGCAAUCCUCUCCAUUCUCAUGAACAGCCCGGAAGUCGACAUCGGGCCCGAGCUCUCCGCUCUCAAAGACUUCACCCGAAACUUCCCACCCGACCUCAAGGGCCUCGCCAUCAACAACAGCGAGGCCAUCCGCACGGCCCACAACAGUUUCGCGAGGCCCGAACCCUUUGUUCCCGACGAGCAGCGGGCCGCAGGCAAAGACGACGACGUCUACCACUUCAUAAGCUACAUACCCUUUGACGGGACACUCUAUGAGCUCGACGGGCUCAAGCAGGGCCCGAUUAGCUUGGGCCCGCUGCCACCUGGCGACGGGAGUGAGUGGCUGAGGGCGGUGGUGCCGGUUAUCCAGGAGAGGGUCGAGAGGUACUCGCGAAACGAGAUACGGUUUAACUUGUUGGCGGUGAUCAAGAACCGGAAAGAGGUGUAUACGGCUGAGCUGGAGGAACUGCAGAGGAGGAGGGGGGAUGCUGAGGUGUUGGCCGAGAAGAAGCAGCUGAGGACUCUGGUGGAGAAGGCCAGGCAGAAGGCCGGCAGGUCGUAG